AUGAUAAAGGAUCAAACAAAAAACACACAUGAAGUAAAAGAAAACCAAGAUACUAAGAAGAAGACAAAAAAGAUCAUCAUUGGAAUAUGUGCUGUGAUAUUUGUAACUCUGAUGAUAGUUGUGAUAAAAAUGAAUGUUGGACCAAAAAAACGAGGAAAAGAUGAAAAACUUACGACAAAAAAGAAACCCAUUGAAUCCAGUAAAAAGCCACCCCAUGAAUCAUCGGAACCAAAAACACCAGAAGAAUCAAGUGACUAUAUUCCAACAGAGUCUACAGAAGAAGAAGUUGUUGUGAUUGAUUCCAAGAAAAUAGGUAAGCAUCUUGGCUCUGGAGGAACAAAAAGAGUCUUUCAAUAUGAUAAGAAACAGGCAAUAGCCUUCUUACCUGAACAAUGGGCUAGGACAGAGAUGCAUGUGAUAAGGAGAUUGAAGAAAAUGGGAUUAGAAACACAGAAUUCACAAAUAGGCAAAUUGGAAGAGGAUGGUAAAGUACGCUGGGCAUUGAUANUUGGCUCUGGAGGAACAAAAAGAGUCUUUCAAUAUGAUAAGAAACAGGCAAUAGCCUUCUUACCUGAACAAUGGGCUAGGACAGAGAUGCAUGUGAUAAGGAGAUUGAAGAAAAUGGGAUUAGAAACACAGAAUUCACAAAUAGGCAAAUUGGAAGAGGAUGGUAAAGUACGCUGGGCAUUGAUAAUGGAGAGUUGGGAUGCAAUGGAAGAAAGAGGAAUACAAGUUCGAGACAGUAAGAAUCUUGAAUCAAGAUAUGGAACAUCAAUGUUAUUUGGUAGUGCAGAAAACGUGAAUGCGGAAAAUAUGCUGAAGAUAUUACGAUCACUUGCAGAAGAUGCAUUCAAAUUGAUAACAAAUGGAAUGUGUUUUGGACCUGAUGCCUACAACCUUAUGAUAAAGGACACGAAUCAAACUGAUAUAACCGAUAGAAAAGACUACAAAGUCUAUACAGAAAGGAAUCAGGAAAUCAGGUUCUUUUUCAGUGAUUUUACGACACUUGAUAAGUUUGAUGAUUGGCGACGCAAUAUUUUGAAGCAAAUGAUAAUGGUAGGGAGCUCAAGUAAGUCAUCAGAUGGAUUCAGGUUACUCGAGAUGUCUAUAGAAGAUUACACAACACGUGUGUUUGAGUGGAGUAGCGAUAAAUGCAUCGGUUACGCAAUGUUAAAACACGAAUUGGAUUUGAUUGCACCACCAGACAAAAAUCGAUAUCAGUUCACUUUAUUUGAUAAAGUGAUCAAAGAAGCAAAGACUACAGUUAAGAGUGAACUAUAUACCAGAGUUUGUGACUAUUUCAAGUUGCAAAUAACAGAAAAUAAAAGAUUCAGGAGGUUCUUGCUCACUGCACCAAAGGAUACUGAAUAA